AUGGAAAGCAUCACGAAUGCUGGAAAUUCUGAAUUUGUGCUGAAUCGGCAGUUCCGUCCCAUUGUUGAUGGCGCAGAAUACGAAAAUAUUUCUCCUAUGAUCGGCGAAUACCUUCAGCCAAAAGGAGUCUUAAGAAUGGCUACCGAAUCUUCGAAAAAUUUAACGCCAUUGGAUGCGAGUGUCCAAAACCAUGACUUCUUUCCUAUAAAUUACUGUAAUUACUCGUUUUAUUCAGAUCUGCAUUUAUCUGCCUUAAAACUCGUUCGAAUGGACCACUUCAUUGGCAAUACCUCUUGUUCCGCAGAUUUCUAUCGCUGUUCGAUGGGCGUGACAUUUCGCCAUCAAUGCAGUAAUCCAGCCGAAGCGUUCGACAUCGCGAUUUUGACUUGCAAUUACAAGUAUAACAUCAAACAGUGUCCUCAGUAUGAUCCAAUACUGAACUGUGAGGUCAAAAGCAGCUGCAAGCUAAACGAAUUUGCUUGCUGUUCCGACCCGCAGCGGUGUAUUGCAGUCGCAAAGAGGUGCGACGGUCGAAUCGACUGUACAGACGGUGAAGACGAAAACAACUGUCCCACCUGCGAUUACACUCAAUUUGCAUGUCUCCUUGAGGGUACUUGCAUCCCGCUGGACCAGCGCUGCAACGGCGUCGUUGACGAUUGUUUCGAUGGCAGCAACUUCGACGAGGAGUUUUGCGACAGUAUGCAACAGACUUUCCGUUCGAGUAGUAUAUUUAUGCUUGCAGCCUGCGGAUUCAAUAAGUUUCCCUGCUACUUAUCAAUGAAAGAGCUCCGAAAGCAGCGAGUUUCGAUAACUAAAUGGUGCGAUGGCCACGCAGACUGCGAAGACGAAUCAGACGAAAUGUACUGUGGCCGUGUGAGCGAUCUACAAGAGUACACUGAAUUCGACAUCGAUAUUCCAAUCGUCAUUCGGUUUAAACUGUUGUGGGGCAUUGGCUUACGCGGAAGGUGAAA